GGCACUCUCUUUCUAGUCUUCCUUUGAUAAUAAUAAUAUUAUUAAUAAUAAUAAUAAUUUAAUAAAAUUAAUUCGAUAAAAAAAAAAUUUGAUUAAGUGUGUAAAUACAUAACAUGGCCGCUCAAAUAUACGUUGCCGCGUAGAUUUUGCCCGCGCAAUUUUACUAAACUCGUAAAAAAAACGUUAUAAAAAAGGUGAUAUAAACAUAAAAUAUAUUUAUAAAUAUAAACAACAACAAAUAUAAACAUAAACAACAGAUUUCACGUGACAAUUCAAAAUGGUUGAAUCAGAAGCAGACACAGCAAUGAUCGUUGAUAGUUCAGCUGAACCAACAUCAGAUGUUGGUAAAAAAAUUGACGUUGAUGAUAUUAAAAAACGUCCAUUGGAUGCAUCAUCAAUUGAAGAUGUUGAAGUUGAAAGAGCGCCAAAAAAGCCAAAAUUAGAUGAAGAUGCAACUAAAGAAAUUCAAGUUGAAGAAAAAACUGAAGUAAAGGCAAAUGGUAAUGGUGAUGUUGCCCAAAAAGAAGAUGAUGGUGAUGAUCAAAAAAAUAAAAAAGAAGCAGAUGUUGCUGAUGCAAUGGAUUGUGAAUCAAAUGUUCCUGAAGAAAAAAAGGUUGAUGAAGAGUCAUCAAGUGAAAAGGUGGAAGAAAAAACAGCAUCAAAAGACGAGGAUGAUACUGAAAAAUCAGAGAAAAUAAAAUCCAAGGAAAAAAAAUCUGAUAAAGACGUUGAAGUGGUAAAUGGCUUGGAGAUGUCAGUUGAAUGUGCAAGUGACAAAGAAGCUUCAGAAUCUGAAGAUGAAAAAAAACAAGAGGAUAAGCCAAGACCCAAGACAAUCAUUGUCAAGGCUAAGCCAAAUGCUGGAGAAUUAGAAAUGAGUGGUGAUGAAGAAACACCUGAUGAUACUUCAAAUAAAAAUGAUACAAAGUCUGAUGAUGAUGACGAUGAUGAAACUGAUAAGAAAAAAAAAAGCAAGGAGACUAAAAAAGCUACUGGUAAAAAUAAAAAAGUAGAAAGUGAAGAUGAUGAUGAAGAAGAAGAAGUAGUUGAAACUAAAAAAAAAGAAAAUAUUUCAAAAACAAAAAAAAAACCAGUCAAAUCAGUUGCCAAGUCAUCAAAAAAAAAACAAGAAUCAGAUGAUGAAGAUGAUGAAAAAAGUGAAGAAGAAAAAACAACAAAAAAAGAAACUGAAAAAUCCGAUGCUGAAUCUGAUGAUAAAGUUGAAAAUGAAGAAUCUGAUGAUGAAAAAUCAAAAACAAAAAAAAAAGUUAUAAAAAGAGCUGUAAAAUCAACAAAAAAAAAUAAACCAAUAACUGAUGAAGAUGAAAAAAGUGAAUCAGAAAGUGAAGAAGAAGAUAAUUCUGAUGAUGAAGAUUUUACAACAUCAAAAAGAAAACCAGCUAAAAAAUCAACAGCUAAAAAAACUAAAAAAUCAGUAAAUAAUAAAAAAACCAAAACAACUGGUAAAAAAAAUAAAAAUAAUAGUUCAGAUGAGGAUGAAGAAGAUCACAAUCUUGCUGAUAGAGCUAAAAAGCUCAAAGUAAAUGAAGAAAAUUCGAAAAAAGACACAGCAAGUGAAGCAAGUGAUAACGAACAUAGUGAUGAUGAAAAUACUUCCAAGACUGGAAAAGAAAAACACGAGCCGUAUGCUAGACAAUUAAAAAAAUUAAAAUCACUUAUUCAUGCAACUGGAAUAAGAAUACGUUCAUACAAUACUGAACUUUUCAAAGGUCUUAAAAAUGAUUCAGCAAAAGUUAAAAAACUCAAAGAAUUUCUUGAAGAAAAUGGUGUAGUUGGUACACCAACAUUAGAAAAAUGCAGAGCUAUUUAUGACGCAAAACGUGAAAAACCAAAAGAAAUAAAUGUCAGUGAUUUGGAUUUAAAUAAUAUUAUAUCUGGAGGUCGUGUAACACGUUCACGAGCUGGACCAAAACCAAAAAAACGAUCAGUAAGUCCUACAGCUCCAGCAUCUCCAAGAGCAAGUCGAGAAACAAGCAAACGAAUUCGCAGUGUCGUAGACAGUGAAUCAGAGUAAAUAUUCAUUUAUCAAUUUCAUCUUUUAUAUUAAGUUUAAUUUGUUUAUAAACAAUUUA